AUUAUUGGGCAUAUUAAUUUAAUUGAAACUCAACCCAAACUCGUGAACAUUGAUUAACGCGUGCUCUCUAAACUUUAUGAAACCAGUGUUUUACCCGACAAAUGCGUGUCGUCCGCGGACACCAAACUGAAACUGAGAACGGGAUGUUUCUAGACGACCUGUCUCUUUUCGAAAAGACCAAGAACAUAUUGACUCUAUGCUGUUGGUACGAAAACAAUCGUGAGUGCAACUGUGCAUCGUUGCACGCUGUUUGCGUACAUGUGUGACUGAUUUAUUGACACGCGCGAUGAUUGCACGGGAAAUGGAAUUUGACCUUCACUGUGGGCGCGAUCAAACACGGCAUCGCAGUAGGCGCAGCUCUGCUGAAGUUAUGUGUUUUACUCGUUUGGGUUCAGGGACAGUGAUGUGGGCAGAGCGUUCUUAUGAAGGCAAAUAUGAUACGACGCUUGCGUAACCAUUAUUCUAUGCGUUGAUACAGUGUGCCUCUCACAUAUUCUCUGAUGAGGUAGCGUUUUAUCGACACCUGCUGAAAAAAUAGGCAUGCAAAGUGCAACGUUUUUAAAACUGGUUUAACCCGUUACAGCUCAAAAGCCCGUUGUUUAUGUUAGGUGACAGCAUACUCGCCAAGGUUCGCGCGUGUUGGACUUUGGAUUUUCGUAGUGCAAUUACAGAGGUGGAUCAUCAAGAAACGAUCCGCAGCCUUAAUCCAAUGGCAUCAACCUCUCAAAAAAAGUUCUACACGUUUGCUGCUUCGUAAAUUUUCGGUAGCGAAAAGCUAAACAACGUUAAUGGCAAUACUCACUCAUUGGAAAGGAGCGGUACGCGUGAAAGCGUGAAGUUUCGUAGAUACCAACAGGCAUCUGACAGUCAUUCUAGUAACAAGCGAGUCUAGUCUACCGGUGCAUAAGUCAUAGUUUUUAUAUAAAAAAACAUUCGUCGGUCAGAUUCAAGGAAUCACCAACCAACAAUCUACGUCAAGAUUCUUCUAUCGUGUCUCUCAACACUCAAAAGAAUACUCGUGAAAAAGCGCCCCUGUAGCUUCCUUUGGUUGAGGCGAGCUCAACCAAAAUUAAAAUGACUGCUAGUGUGACAAUAGUGGCAAACAGCAUAGUGUCGGCAAACACCCCCAGUACCACAGGUGGAGACAAAACCCGUUUGGAGAGCGAAACAUCAAAUGAUUACAGUUCUUCAACGAACCGCCAAAUAAUCGACCAAGCUAUGAACGCAAAGCCAUCUGCAGCUGAUUCAGAGCAGUCACAAACCCGGUUUGGAAACCUUAAUAACAGGGAUGUGGUGAUCACGAGUCUGAUAGCCGGAGCCGUUGCUGGCGCAUUGGCUAAAACUACCAUAGCGCCGCUAGAUCGUGCAAAAAUUAAUUUUCAAAUUAACAAAGAAGUACCAUAUACUUUCCGUGCUGCUUUGGGGUUUCUGCAGCAUACGUACUCUCGAGAAGGCUUUCUUGCGUUGUGGCGGGGGAAUUCUGCUACCAUGGCUCGAAUAGUUCCAUAUUCAGCCAUACAGUUUACCGUGCACGAGCAAUGGAAAAAGUUGCUGCAGGUGGAUCUACAUACAGACACCGAGUUUCGUCGAUUUCUGGCAGGCUCGUUGGCGGGCAUUACGUCGCAGUCGCUAACGUACCCGCUCGAUCUAGCCCGCGCCCGAAUGGCCGUAACCGAUAAAUACUCCGGAUACAAAACGCUUCGGGAGGUAUUUGUGAAGAUAUGGCAGUGUGAAGGACCGCGGACAUUGUACCGUGGCUAUUGGGCUACCAUUCUCGGUGUCAUCCCGUACGCAGGCACGUCGUUCUUUACAUACGAUACUCUCAAAAAUGAAUACUACAAACGGACUGGUGAUAAAUCGCCAAAAACUGUGAUAUCACUCACAUUUGGAGCAAUUGCCGGGGUGAUUGGUCAAUCAUCCAGCUAUCCGCUCGACAUUGUGAGGCGAAGAAUGCAAACAACUGGUGUUACGGCACAGUGCGCCGACCAGUACCUAAACAUCGGGCGGACGUUAAUUAAAAUAUACAAAGAGGAAGGAAUUAUUGGUGGCUUCUACAAAGGUCUAAGUAUGAACUGGAUCAAAGGCCCUAUUGCUGUUGGCAUCAGCUUUGCAACGUAUGACCACAUUAAACACCUGCUGCGCGAGGUAAUACAUCUGCGGGGUAGUAGCGCCGAUCGGUAAUGCUGAUACAGUGUUCAAAGAGUUGCAUUAUAGGAUAUAACCGCUGCAUAAAAUUGGCCAUAUUUUACUACCGUUUACGGUAAUCGUUCGGAUGACAAUCGGAGCUAAACAGUGGAUCUUUCAAAUAAUCCGAUACCUGACAGAGAUAGCUUUUAAGUAAAGGCACAAACAUGAUAGAUUCUAGCCGAAUUGUUUUGCUGGAUACUUACUCUUAUUUAAUAAAGGGAUAUUGUCAAGCCAGCGUG